GGUACAACAACUACAAUGAUUUUUCAAACCGGAUGUUGACAUUCCGCCCAGAAAGUAGGAAUAAUCGAUCAUUGAAUUCAUUGGACAAGAGUCAAGUCUCUAACAUACGAUGAAUUAAUUAUUGCAAUCAGAAGAUCAACACUAUAUUUGAAACCAUGGUUUAGAAGUUUCUGCCUACGAGAAAUAUACCGACCCUAAUGGCAGAGCAAGGUUUGGACCAAGCUGAGGGAGCUCUCAAUGAUGAGGCCCUUUUUGAAAAUGACGAACAAGAUUUAGAAUUUGACGAAAGUGGCCUUGAGCUCGCAGCUAAAGAAGCUGACCUCGAUUAUGAAGCUGAACUGGAAGGACAUUUCCUCAAUGAAAACUACAGCUUGCCAGACAAUUGGGAAUCUGGUAAAGCAAUUCUGCCAACAAUCACAGAUUGGAGUACCUCGGAAUUAACAAGGGAGGGAGCCGAUGGCCCCGCCCCCUUCCGUAGUGGUGCCAUCACUCCUGAUGGACUUAUUGACGAGGAUUUCGAGGCAGAGAUAGGGACCCCGUCUUUAAAUAAAUAUUUCCAGGAUGAUGAAGAAACAGACGUGGAGUUUCAAGAUAUUGCGGAUCACAAAAUUUUGGAGGUGGCAGGAGAUGACCUCUAUGGUAGAAAGGUCAUUGUUUUUGCAGCUUGUAAGUUGCCUCCGAGUACACAAAUAAACCAUCAACGUUUACUAGAAUACAUGAGGCAUGUUCUGGAUCAGUAUGUAGAAAAUGACUACGUUAUAGUCUACUUUCAUUUUGGAUUAACCAGUAAAAAUAAACCGAAACUCUCCUGGUUGAUACAGAUUUAUAAGGAACUUGAUCGCAAAUACAAGAAGAAUCUCAAGGCCUGGUACAUAGUUCAUCCAACCAACUUUAUAAAAAUCCUCUGGAAUCUGUUUAAACCUUUCAUAAGUGUGAAGUUUGGGAGGAAGAUAAUGUACAUGAACUAUCUUCAUGAGCUGAAGGAACAUCUACAUUUCGAUCAACUGGUAGUACCUCCCCUUGUGUUGCAGCAUGAUGCGAAACUGGUGGCCUCCAACAAGCCGAAGUAUCCUUAUAGUAAAGAUGGCACUGAUGCUGGUACCCUGCCCACUCAGCAGUAUGGAGUCUCACUGCACCAUGUAAAGGCCCACUAUGGCUGUGUCAUUCCUCCAGUGAUACAACAGACUGUGGACUAUCUCAGGCAGAAUGCACUUGAUAUUGAGGGAAUAUUCAGAAGAUCUGCUAAUGCUGUCAACUUAAAAGCUGUACAGAAGAAAUUUAACAAUGGUGAGACUAUUGAUUUUGCCGCAGAGGGGGACGAACACAUUCCAGCAGUGGCAUUAAAAAUCUUCCUUCGGGAUCUUCAGGAACCACUUUUGACCUUUGACCUCUAUCAGCCAGUCCUUAGGCUUCACACUGUUGAGGAUGAGAGGAAGGUGGCGGAGGUCAGAAGAAUGCUGCAUGAGGAGUUACCCGAGGACAACUACCAGAUCCUUAAAGUCAUCGUACAGCUCCUCACUGAGGUCGUAGACCAUUCUGCCAUGAACAAAAUGAAUUCAUCCAACCUUGCCAUUGUGUUUGGACCAAAUUUGUUGUGGCCGAAAGGACAAGCCUCUCUGUCCAGUAUGGGAUACCUCAACAACUUUGCCAGACUUCUCAUCGAUAACUACAGACAACUUUUUGACAGAUAGCAGGUCAUGACCUGUAGCUAGUUCUCGGACAAACUGGUUCCUGUCCACACAAAGACACAAAUAUGUAAUACAUAAAAUCUCACCAUUGUCCAAAAAAAUUCCAUUUUUAUGGGUCUCUUCAACAAUUUUGGUUAUGAAAUUUCUAUUUGAAAGACAAUCGAAAUGUGAAGUGUAACGACAGAAUAGACCUUCCUAAUUAGUAGGCAGCUAGCUGUUGAAAUCAGUUCUCUUUUGUGGAACAUUUUCUCUAAUUUCAUUCCUGUGUGUUAUUGUAAUAAGGUUUCUUUUUGAGAUGAACGUGUUGUAUGAUUUUGACAUGGAACAUUUCGUCACUUUGAUAAAAAAAAAAAUACCAGUCAUGUGACCUAGUCAAAGGGGAAAAACUCAGAACACUAUGUAGCUGAUGAACAGCAAAAGUGGGCAAUUUGAUUGUGUAUUCCAUUGAAACAAACUUUUAAAAAAAAAAUGUCGUAUGUCAUAUAGGAUGUAAAACAUAUCCAAAAUGAGCUUAUAUACAAUGUACCAGCUAUUUCAUGAUAUGAAACUUUAAUGUAUGUCAUAUCUGCCUACGCGACCGUAAACUGAAAAUCACUUCAGUUGAAAAUUCAUAUUCGGUAAUUAUAAACCUUUCAACAUACCUGAAAUUGUUAAUUCAUGGGAAAUUGUAAUUUCAAAUAUGACUGAAUAUUUCAAAUAAUUUAUGCAUCAUGGGAACCCCUAAAGGUUUAUUCUUCAUUUAUGGUCCCAGGCCAGGUUUACCUGUAUAUAUAAGCAUGUCAUAUUUAUGAUAAAUAGGGUGUAAUAAGGCUCUGGUUCGUAGUAUUUGUUGUAGCUCGAUCUUCCAAACAUAGACCCAGGGAUCUAUAUAUGGGGAAACACAACAAAUCAGUCAUGGUUUUAAUACUCCAGUCGGUGGCUGUUGGCAUUGUAAUAAGGGAUUUAUAUCAAUUCACAUCAGAACAGGAUCAGUAAUUUGGUCAGUGAUGUACGUUGAUUAUGUAUGAAAUUAUUUAUGAUAAAACUUGUUAAAAACAUGAAGUAAGCCUUGACAUUUUGAACUGGACAUUCUUUGUUAACUAUUUAUAUUGAUUUUGUUUAUAUAUAUGAAUUGUUCUGUAAAGCAUUUUAUAUAAAAUAACGAAUGAUUCCA